GGUCUUGUGCAAAUCAAUAAUCAUCAUCGCAGUCGAACCUAUGGCAGUUUAUCUUCUCUCUAUUCCUCCCAAACCUCCGUUCUCAUGUACUUAACCGACGGAUCCCCCCUCCCAUUUCUAUCCCCUGUACGUAAUUAAUGCCUGUUUCGAAACGUCAAAGCCCUAAUUGAAGGGUCGGUUCCAUCAGAAUUCCCUCGCGAUGACGCUUGUAACUGGAGAUCGCUACCUGGAGUCUCUGGUGAAGUUCGUCGACAGCCACGCCGAGCCGUUGAUCGAAGCUUCUCUUGUCCUCAAGCUCAAUCCUAUAGGCCUUCACUACGUUUGCUCCAGGCUUGAGGCGCUCGCCGAGUUGGAAACCCUUCUUGCCGGUGCUCCCGUGGAUUACCUCCGCGCCUACGUCUCCGAUCUCGGUGACCACCGAGCUCUUGAGCAGCUUCGUCGGAUUCUUUGCCGCCUCCCCUCGCUGAAGGUCGUCUCCGUGCUGCCACCCCCGGCUAGGGACCCCUCCCCGCUCUCGUUGCUGCCUUUUGCCAGGUUGAAGGUUCUGGAGCUUAGAGGAUGUGACCUGUCUACUUCUGCUGCCCGAGGACUUCUCGAGCUCAGACAUACUCUGGAGAAGUUGAUAUGUCAUAAUUCAACUGUCAGUUCCGUUCCCUGAUUUGAUUUUUUAUACAAAAAUCAUUAGUUUAACAUUUCAGCCUGACGGUGGUGAGGUGCCUAAUUCUCUUAUAAAGUUACCAAUAAAUGCAAGAAUGCACUACGGCAUGUCUUUGCAAGUAGGAUUGCAGAUAUAAAGGUCUCACGUCAAUGGAACCGUUUGUCAUUUGUUUCCUGUGCUUGCAAUGGCUUGCUUCUCAUGGAUGAAUCCUUACAGCUCCUCCCUGCUAUUGAAACGCUAGAUUUGAGCAGGAACAAGUUUGCUAAAGUGGAUAAUCUCCGGAAGUGCACCAAAUUGAAGCUUCUAGAUCUUGGUUUUAAUCACCUCAGAAGUGUAUCAUCAUUUAAUGAGGUUUCUUGUUGCAUUCUCAAGCUUGUAUUGAGGAACAAUACUUUGACUACAUUGCAUGGAAUUGAGAAUCUGAAGUCACUAGUUGGACUCGAUGUGUCCAACAAUGUAAUAUCCAAUUUCUCAGAGAUUGAAGUCCUUUCCGAACUCUCAUCUCUUCAAAACUUGUGGUUAGAAGGAAAUCCUAUUUGUUGCGCAAGAUGUUGAAACUAGAUGAAGAAAAUCCUACCACAAGUGACUUGUGGAAGAGAAAAGUUAUUAUUGCCGGUAGGCAGAAACAACCUGCUAGCUUUGGAUUCUAUGCACCAGCAAGAGAUGGUGCUGACCUAAGAGCCAUAAAUACAAAAAGGAAGAAGGUGUCCAGACUGGUUAGCAUUAAAAAUGAAGAUAUCGCAUUCCUGUUAUCAGAUCAAGAUUCCGUAUCUUGUGAUAAUGACAUUCACAGCAAAGUGGGGAGUGCCAAUUCUGACCAGGAAUCUGAAAUUGUUGACUUAAUGAACAGGAUCGAACUUAUGAAGAAAAAACGGUCUGAUCUCUGGUUGCAGGAGUUCCAAGAUUGGAUGGAUCGUGAUUCUGACGAUUUCUUUGGCUGUAUUGAAGGUAUAGGGCCCAAUUUAAAUUCUAAAAGAAGUCAUCAACGGAAAGGAAAGGUUAGCAUUAAGCAGCAAGGUGAGACCUCAAAUGUUAGUUGUACAAAUGUUCUAGAACCAGAAACCUCUUUUGCAGAGAGAUCAAUUGGUUGUAAUGCACGAAGAUACUCUACACAUAUAGGGGAAGCAUCUUCAAAAAAUGUUAUGGAACUCUGGAAGGAACAAGAGAAUGUCAAUUCGUCAAGCAAUGAAGUAAGUCUGCCUGUGAGUGCUAGAAUAACUUCUUCUGAUUCUGUUGUUAACGCAGAGGGUGAUAAGAUAAGUGGCAAUAAAAAUGCUGCAGCGAGUUAUUUUCUUGAUACACAUUCAUCCUUCACUAGCACUGGAUCCCCUCCUCAUUACAAAGAGGAUAUUCUGCAUAGACGACUCAAUCUGGAAGAAGAAUUUCUGCAGCUUUCUACAGAAUCUCUUUCGGUAGAAUCUUCUGAUAGCGAUACAAGUUGCAGCGAGGAAGAUUCCAUUCAAUAUAAGCAGGCCAAAUCUUGGGUUGACCAGUCAGUUACUGGAGAUCUCAUUGAAAGUGGUGAUGAAUGCUGUCUACCUGAAACACAAAUUGCUUUGAAUCAAAAUGAUGAACAUACAUCAGACGCAUAUACUGAAGGAAAUUAUAGCUACAUAGUGGAGGUUCAAGGAGCUGACUGUGCUAGAAAAGAUACUGAAGUGGUAGAUUUUGUGGUGCAAGAGGCCAAUUGGCUAGAGAACAAAAAGUCUAAAAGGAAACCUAAAAGGAGAAUGAUAUCACUACCUGAGGAGGCCAAUACAAAUGGUCAAAUUGAGCAACCAAAAAAGGCAAAUGAAAAAAUAAAUACUUGUAGAGGUGAUGAAGAUCGAAUUUAUUUCCUUGCCAAUUUCCAUAAUGCUUCCCUGGAGACUUGACAAUUCAAGUACAAUGAGCAAAAUUGCCUGUGGAUCAUAAAGAUGAACCUUUCUCUGAGAAGAAAUCAAUAUCUAGUGGGGUACAGCAUUUUGUUGACGGUUACUUCGUCCCAAAUGUUUCACAAGCUGGAUCUCAUGAAACUAUUCAGAUAUUUGUAGGGUGCUAUUGUUUAGUUUAUGAAGAAAAUAGGUGCAGUGAAAAGUAAAUAUAUGUCUAUUACAGCUAGUUGAUUUCUUUCUAUAAAUAUUUAAAGAUGUAGAUUUCACAUUUGUAACUCGUAUAGUACGCAUUUCAUGAUAUGUAUUUUUUUCAAAAAUAAUGCCAUUAGUACUACACUAAUGGGCUUGAC